AUGGAAGUGUCAACGUCUUUUUGUACUCCUGCUGUCAGCUUCAAGUAUGGCAGCUUCCAGGAAUCAGAUGUCGCGAUGCGAGAAGAUGAUCUGUACCGGAUCGGAAGCUACAAUUCUCAAGGGUACUACGAAGGAGCCCAUCGUCUCGGUACUUAUAGAACCCAGGAGCCCAACUCAAUCUGAAUGUUUUGAGAGUUUUCAGAUGGUUCCAUCGGGGAAGAAGAAGGCGCGUCGUCGUCGUGCAGCAACGACGAUGAGCAGAUGGAAUUCGAUGUGGUCGAUGAGGAGAUGAGAAGUGACAUCUUCGACGUGGAUUCGACUGAAGAUGAGGACGAAGAAGAAGAUGAUGAGGAGGAUAACGACGAGUGGACUAAUCAGAAGCGGACUGAUAAUAAUAAUCAGGUGAGCAGAAAUACCCGUGGGAUAACUAUGUGUUGUUCACAGAAUCACCUGAUUUUGUGGUGGGAAAGAGGAAGCAAGAGCAAACGGAAAAACAAACAUUCUCCUUUCAGAAUAGCGUUGCCUAUUACGCCGCCAUGGAGAUGCUCCGUAUUCGCUUCCCGUUCCAGUCGAUUGCCAUCCGCAUCUCGGACUUUUGCUGUCUUCAGGAGAAGGUACUUCUAAUACCAUCCAUCCAUCUUUUUUUAGACACACUGUAUUUGUGUGUACUAACGUAAGAAGUAUACCGCGCUCUUAGUGCUUGUUCUCUCUUCCAUUAUUUGCAUACCCUUUUGUUGUUUCUGUCGUGUUUCUCUGGCGUAUUACCGUGAGAUGGUUAUUAUCAGCACUAUGAGCGGCCCUCUAAUCUAUGUGUAAUUCUGUAAGGGUCGUCGUUCCGAAUUUAUUCGUUUUUCCGUCUCACCUCGCCCGCGAAAAAAUCCCUCACUUCUUCGCCGUGUGUUAAUCGGUCCUUGUUGUAUAAAUGGGCGCCGUCGAUUCAAAUGACGGAUUGAAAAUGGGAAACAUACUGAGGGCGCAUUUGAACUUUCGAUGCACUUUUUCACGAAAUGCGCCGAUCAAACGUUUUUUUCUGCGUUUCUGAGUCAGAGCAGUCUGUAUGUGUAUGUUGCGGUUUUUGUUUGGAUUGCAUUCUUUUUUUCUCUAGGGACUAUUUGCUCUCUUCCCUCCUAUCAGAUAAUCCCCCGAAUGCUGUCCACUAACUGGACUCAAGUUAUUGUUGUUGUCAUUGUUGUUGACGUUAAUAAUUCAGUCAGUCAGAAGCAGAAGAGUUUUUGACGAGAAAAUUAGAAAUUAGCAAAGCUGUCAACACGACUCCUCCGCUUGUUUAUCGCAUUCGCAUGGAAGCAUUCUAGUCCUCAACGAGUGUGCGCACUUCCUCGAUAUCCCUCUAACCCUGUUGAUGUCCUCGCCUCCGCUUCCAUGUGCAGAAGAGAUCUCGUCGUGUGCCAGAGAACAGAAUAAGCGGAGAGGGCGCCCAGAGUGAGAGAGAGAGCGUUCGGUGCCAGGUACGAGCUGCACGGGCUCCGCCGCGGCGCGCGCGCAGAGAAGCGAGAGCCGCCCCGAGCAGAGAAAUUCAUUGAGCAAAGAAUGGAGAUGUGAGGCGAGCACUUGGCACAGCGCCAAAAUGGGCGCGCGGGGAAAGAAGAUCCUGAAGACAAGCUUGGGAAAGCGAGUGGUCCGAUAUCUAGUUGACCCUGAAUUCGUUUUCCUCGAGAGGGUGACAUUCAGAUUCGCACAAAGAAUGUGUUCGAUAUGACUUUCCGAUUGCAGGAAACAGAAAACCGAUGAGUCUUUUGUUGGUUUGCCUCACAGAUGACAGGAGGCCUUCACAUUCAUUUCUAUUCGAUUUUCUUAGAUCGCCGGCGGCGUCCGACGCCGUCAUCGCCGGGCAGUUCAGGGUCAUCUGGCGUAGCAGUAAUGAACUGGUUUUUUGUGCGCGCGCAAAUUUUUCGCGCACGCACCCACAUACUCAGUAGACAGUUGGUUUAGUUGUGAAGGAUAUGUUAGUGGGAGGUCACAUACUCGCCAGGAACCGCCAUUGAACCUGUGAGGGAACGGGAUGGGAGUAAUAUGGCUGUCACAAUGAGCAGACGGAAACAACUGGUGGUCUUUGAUCGGCUAUCGAACAUGUAUUACAAUAAUCAUGCGCGAGCAAGCGAACGGGGGAAUCAGAAGAUCAUUGGAACUAAAGGGACCUGUUUACUGAGCAAACAAUUUUCAGGAUCUUCUCAACGAUACCAUGAUUGACUUCUAUCUGAAUCACAUCGUCGAGCACGUUCUUCCGGACAGCAGAGGGUCGAAGGUCACCGUCUUGCCGUCAAUUUUCUGGCACAACCUGUCUCUCAGACAGCAUGCUUUGGAUUCGGAUGACGAGAAAAUGUUAAACGACGAGCAGAAGAUGGAUCUCAAGUUCGCGGAUUUGCACGACUUUGUAGCCGAUUUCGAUCUGCAAGACUUCGAUUACAUCGUAGUGCCGGUCAAUGAGUGGGAGCACUGGUCCCUCGCUGUCAUAUGCCAUCCGUUCACCGCCAAGGCCCGCACGGUCAUCUUCGACUCGCAGCUCACGGCCGACUUGAACAACCUGCAAAACAUGGCCACUCUUCUCGAGUCGUUCAUGAAGUACUCGUACGAGAAGCGCACCGGAAGUGUGAUGCCGUUCCCGCUUCCGUGCAUUCUUCCGCAAAGAAUGCCACAGCAGACCAAUAACUUUGACUGCGGAAUAUUCAUUGCCGAAUUCGCCAGACGCUUCUUGCUGAGCCCACCUAAAGAUGUAAGUUUAAAAUUUUCUGUUUUGUUGCAAUUUCACAAUGCAUAUUUUCAGCUCGACUCGUUCGACUUUGCUCGCGAAUAUCCGGACUUCUCGACGACCACCAAACGUGCCGAGAUGCAGCGUGUCGUUCUGUCUCUCUCAACGAACCGUAAUCGUUGGCGCCCUCUCGUCGAGUUGCUCAACGGUUACAACACUGCGGCUCCGCAUCGGGCUUUGUGA